AAGGCGGGAGGCGGAGGCCGCGGCGCUGUCAUGGAGCUAGUGGAAGAAGCGCGGGAAUUGGGUCGCUGGGUGGCCGAAGAGAUGGGUGUGCCCGCGGCAUCCCGGGCCCCGGAGUCGACGCUGCGCAGGCUGUGUCUGGGCCAGGGAGCUGACAUCUGGGCCUACAUCUUGCAGCAUGUACGCAGUCACAGGAAUGUCAAGAAGAUUCGGGGAAACCUACUGUGGUAUGGCCACCAGGACAGGCCAGAGGUCCGUCGGAAGCUGGAGCUGGAAACUACUGUGUCCCGCCUAAGGGCAGAGAUCCAAGAGUUAGACCAGAGCCUGGAGCUGAUGGAGCAAGAGAAUGAAACUCAGGACAUGGCCACAGAGCAGGCACUCCAGAGCAUGAGAGACACCCAGCAUCGAGCCCUCCUCCUCCAGGCCCAAGCUGGGGCUGUGCGAAGACAGAAACGUGGGCUUCGAGAUCCCAUACAGCAGCUACAGAAUCAGCUCAAGUGCCUGCAGGACAUAGAGAGGAAGGCCAAAGUUGAUGUGACCUUUGGACCUCUGGCAUCAGCAACCCUGGCCCUGGAGCCCGUGGUCCUGCGUGACGUCCGAACAGCCUGCACCCUCCGGACCCAAUUCCUGCAGGACCUCCUGAUGCCCCAGGCCAGGGGAGGCAGUGUCCAAAGCUCGAAUGAUGACCACUUUGGAACCUCUUACCAGCAGUGGCUUAGCUCAGUAGAGAUGCUGCUGACAAACCACCCCCCAGGCCAUGUCCUGGCUGCCUUGGAGUACCUGGCUGCGGAGCGGGAGGUGGAGAUCCAGCGCCUGUGUGGUAGAGAUGGACUCAGAGAUACGGAGCAACCCAGGCCCCAGACCCUGGCUCGGGCAGACUCCAGCCAAGCCCUGCCAUCCACGGUGCAUCUCAUCCAGGAGGGCUGGCAGGCUGUGGGUGCACUGAUCACCCAGCGGGGAGCCCUGCUGAAGGAGUAUCAGGUCCUGACUGGCCGCCUCCAGGGCCUGGUGGAAGAGGUGGAGAGACACAGCCUUGGCCCCAGUGAGAGGAAAGCACUAUUGCUGGGCCUUCGAGGCUGUGGUCUGCAGGCAGAGCUCAAAGCCCUGUGUGCCCAGCGCCAGGAGCUGCAGGACGCCUCUGGACAUCGGCAGCUUCUUCUGCGAGAGCUACAGACCAAGCAGCAACGCAUUCUGCACUGGCGGCAGCGGGUGGGGCAGACCCAGGAACAGAUCCGCCUACUCAUCAAGGGAAACUCAGCCAGCAAGACCCGCCUGAGCCGGAGUCCCGGGGAGGUGCUGGCCCUACUUCAGGAAAAGGUGAUCCCCGCUUCUGAGGCCAUAGCGCCAGAGAGCGAAAAACUACUGGGCUGCCUGGAAGAGGGAGCCCGGCACCUGCCUCACAUUCUCCUGAGCACCCUGCUAAGGCACAGACCCGAGGGGUUGAAGCCCCUGCCCACAAUCCUACCGUCUAUCUACCAGUUGCACCCCGCAUCCCCCAGGGGCUUCAACCUCAUAGCACUGAGCCACACACUGGGGCUGCCUGCAGGGAAGGGACCAGAGCUGCUCCUCCCAAAGGCUGCCUCUCUUCGCCAGGACCUUCUGUUCCUCCAGGACCAGCAGAGUCUCCGGUGCAGGGAUCUGCUUCACAUGAAGAGCAGUCUGCCGCCAGGACCGUCCACCCAGGAGCUGCUGCAGAUCCAGGCGUCCCAGGAAAAGGAGCAGAAGGAGAGCCUGGGGCAGGCACUAAAGAGGCUGGAGAAUCUGCUGAAACAGGCGCUGGACCGAAUCCCAGAGCUCCAGGGGGCCGUGGGGGACUGGUGGGAGCAGCCAGGCCAAGCCGCCCUCUCAGAGGAGCUCUGCCAGGGCCUGUCCCUGCCCCAGUGGCGCCUGCGCUGGGUCCAGGCACAGGGGGCCCUGCAGCAGCUGUGCAGAUGAAGAAGAGGCUCAAUCUAGAGCCAAGAAUUUCACCCCAACACCCCUGCUCGUCUACUAAAGCAUUCAAAAGAAGGCAUGGUCAGGAUAGGCAGCCUGUAGUCCCCGCGCAUACCUACAGUGCCCCUUGGACCCUUCCGCUCCUACCUUGCCCUUCUAGCCCACCAAAGCCAAGAGAAUGGGGCAUGUAGGGGGCACACACAUGUACCUCUUAAGGUCCCUGCAUCCCUUUCACCCUCAGCACAUUAACUGAGCAUCUCCUUUGGGCACUGGCAAUGCAGCACUGAACAAAUUGGCCCGAAGUCCUAUCUUUAGGAAGUGAUGGGUGGGGGGAGACUGUCGGUGAGGUCAGUAAGGUGAGGUCAGUAAGGUGCAGUUAUGUGGUGAGAACACUGUUGUGAGGAAAUAAAGCGGGCACAGGAGGUGUGAUUUUUCAACAGAGCACAUGUACAGGGCCUGAGCAGAGCCACUGGUGUCAGGGAGGCUCCAGCACAUACUUGGGAUGUGCUGAUAAGAGGGCCACUGAGGAGCCCUUUACAGUGGACGUGGGAUGGGGUGAAGGGAAGAUUUUCUUAGUUUUCCUUUCUUGACAUUUAUAUCUAGGCAUUUGGAACUCAGCCUAGCAACACAUUCAGUGCUGCCUUAUCUCACAUCUGUCCCAGUAGCACUUAGUAAAUUCUCAUGCAGCCAGCGGUUGCUGCUGAAAAAGGAGUAGCGGGGAUGAAAUGAGAGCAGGAAACCCUAGGGCAGUGGGGGUGAGCCUAUGGCACGCAUGCUGCAGCGGGCUGCUUACAUCAUUGAAGGUUCUGGAAGAUUUGCCAUCACUAGAGUAAUGGUAAAAUACAUCAGGAGCAGUGAGGGUUCCCCUGGUCUACAGACUGGUCAGCUCCCACCUCUGUGUGUAUGUGUGUGAGGGGGAUUCUGAGGAUUGAACCAGAUCCUUCACAUGUACUAUAUCCCCAACCCUUUAUAAUUAUGAGGCAAAGUCUUAACUGAAUCACUAAGUUGCCCGGGCAAGGUUUGAACCAACAGUGUUCCUGGCGCAGUUUCCCAGAGUGCUGCGGUUUUGGGCAUGCUCCCUACCUGCCUUCAUUGUACUCUUAUGGCCUUGUCUACUCCACUGUGUGUAUUUUUCCAUUGUAAAGUAAAGCUUUACCCACUGGUUUAAAGUAGCACA